UGGAAGGAGCUCACUAUGACAGGGCAGAGUCUGAAGGCUUUAUCUGAAGCGAAUUUUGAAGACAAUGAGAUCAGCAUCAACGUUGGAGGCUUUAAGAAAAAGAUGAGAUCCAACACAUUAUUAAGGUUCCCCGAGACCAGGCUGGGCAAACUGCUGAGCUGCCACUCAAAGGAGUCGAUACUGGAGCUCUGCGACGACUAUGAUGACACCAAGAAUGAAUUUUAUUUUGACAGGAACCCCGAGCUCUUUCCUUACGUGCUACAUUUUUAUAACACCGGCAAGCUCCAUGUGAUGGGUGAACUCUGCGUGUUUUCUUUCAGCCAGGAGAUUGAAUACUGGGGAAUCAAUGAAUUCUUUAUAGACUCCUGCUGCAGUUACAGCUACCAUGGGAGGAAAAUGGAGCCAGACCAAGAGAAAUGGGAGGAACAAAGUGACCAGGAAAGUACCACAUCUUCUUUUGAUGAGAUUUUGGCAUUCUACAACGAUGCCUCUAAAUUUGACAAACAACCCUUUGGAAACAUCAGGAGGCAGCUCUGGCUCGCUUUGGAUAAUCCUGGGUACUCAGUCUUAAGCCGAAUCUUCAGUGUCCUUUCAAUAGUGGUUGUUCUGGGCUCCAUCGUGACCAUGUGCCUGAACAGCCUCCCAGACUUUCAGAUUGUUGACAGCAAUGGGAACCCCGAGGAAGACCCUCGCUUUGAAAUCGUGGAACAUUUUGGUAUUGCAUGGUUCACUUUUGAACUGGUGGCGAGAUUUGCAGUAGCUCCUGACUUUUUAAAAUUUUUCAAGCAUGCCCUGAAUUUGAUUGACCUAAUGUCUAUCCUUCCAUUUUAUAUUACCUUAAUUGUCAACUUGGUGGUGGAAAGCAGUCCAACUUUAGCAAAUUUAGGCAGGGUUGCACAAGUCCUGAGACUCAUGAGGAUCUUUCGUAUCUUAAAGCUUGCUAGACACUCCACAGGUCUCAGGUCUCUUGGAGCCACCCUGAAGUAUAGCUACAGAGAGGUGGGGCUUCUUUUACUUUACCUCUCUGUUGGCAUCUCCAUUUUCUCAGUAGUGGCUUACACCAUUGAGAAAGAAGAGAAUGAGGGGUUAGCCACCAUCCCUGCUUGUUGGUGGUGGGCUACCGUUAGCAUGACCACAGUUGGCUACGGGGAUGUUGUGCCAGGGAGCACUGCUGGCAAGUUGACGGCAUCUGCAUGCAUCCUAGCCGGUAUCCUAGUGGUAGUGCUUCCCAUUACACUGAUCUUCAAUAAAUUCUCCCACUUUUAUAGGCGUCAGAAGCAGUUAGAGAGUGCCAUGAGAAGCUGCGAUUUUGGUGAUGGCAUGAAAGAAGUUCCAUCAGUCAACUUAAGGGACUACUAUGCUUAUAAAGUUAAAUCCCUUAUGGCCAGUCUUACCAAUAUGAGCAGGAGUACCCCCAGUGAGCUGAGCCUGAAUGAUUCACUGCAUUAG